CUAUACUACCCAGACAGGAUCCCCUGCCCCUUUCGCUAUGCGAGAACUACUCCAGGGUCAAGAUUCAACAAGCCAGGUUGUUUCAGGAUCCUCACCCCCUUAUGUAUCAGUAUCAUUGCCCCAAGUUGUUACUAGUCAGUUGACACCUGUGCCAACUUCAAAGCAGGUUACCUCUGUCUAUGGCACUCCGAGUGGUUCUUUUGCUCCCUUCACUCUUCAAAAACUACUCCAGGGUAAAGGUUCAACAAGCCAGGUUGUUUCAGUACCUUCAACCCCAUAUGUAGCUGUAUCAUUGCCCCAAAGUGUUACAAGUCAGUCGAUGACAGUGCCAAGUUCAAAACCGGUUACCUCUGUCUAUACCACCCAGACUGGAUCCCCUUUCACUUUUCAAGAACUACUCCAGGGUCAAGAUUCAACAAGCCAGGUUGUUUAUGAAUCUUCAACCCCGUACGGAUCCGUAUCAUUGCCCAAAGUUGUUAGUAGUCUGACACCUGUGCCAAGUUCAAAGCAGGUUACCUCCGUCUAUUCCACCCAGACAGGAUCCCCUGCCCCUUUCGCUAUGCGAGAACUACUCCAGGGUCAAGAUUCAACAAGCCAGGUUUUUUCAGGAUCCUCAGCCCCAUAUGCAUCUGUGUCAAUGCCCCAAGUUUUUACUAGUCAGUUAGCUGGGCCAAGUUCUAAGUCAAUUACUGCUGUCUACGGCUCUCAGACUGGUUCCUCUGCUCCUUACACUUUGCAAGGAAGCACCACAUAUGGUGGACUAAUCCAGCCUCAAAAUGCCAAAGAUGGGUCUUCUACAGGAUCCUCUGUCCUCCAGACCUCAACCGGUGACAUUUCUAAUCCUUCCAGCAGCUUUUCUACCCUGAAACGUUAUUACUCUGUCAAGGGUUAGGAAACUGUUCAACUGCUGUAUGAUGCAAUCGUCCUAAACUGAUUUUAAUAAAAAUUUGAAGUCAAGUUUCC